GCGGCGGCGGCGUGUGGGCAGCGCCGUGAGGGAGCGGCGGGCGCCGGGCGCGGUGGGUGCGAGCGGAGCGGCCUCGGGGCUCCUCCCGGCGGCCGCCUGCCUCACUGGGGUCGGGGACAGAGCGGGUGCGGGAGCUGCAGCCGUCUUGGCGCACCUGGUGCUGCAGAUGUCCAAGUCUUCAAUGGCUUCAAAAAUGUCAUCCCAGGAGGAAAUACUGAGCGAUGGCAGGUUCAGCCGUGUGGCCAGGGAUCCCAGGUUUUGGGAGAUGCCCGAAAGGGAACGGAAAGUCAAGAUUGACAAGCGAUUCCGAGCCAUGUUCCAUGACAAGAAGUUCAAGCUGAAAUACACAGUGGAUAAAAGGGGUCGCCCUGUUAACUACACCUCUACAGAGAACCUCAAGAAGUUUUAUGCCUUGUCAGAAUCUGACUCUGAUCUUUCAGAAGGGGAUAGUAAAGAACUCACGGUAAAGAAAAAAAAGAAAAAGAAAGCUAAAGGUAAAGGAGAAGCAGAUUCUGCUGGUGGCCUCUCAAAGGAGGAGAGCAAAAAAACCCAACAAGGAGUGGACCAAACAUGUGAAGUGGUGACUAAACUAAAUGACCUUAAAAAAGAAGGACAAAAGAGUAAAUCUAAGGCCAGCUUGAAAGAGGACUCACAGAAACCUGCAGUGAAAGUUGAUUGCCCUCAGGGGGAAAAGGGCCUUUUACCUAAAGAGAAAAACAAGCAAGGAGAUGCAUCAGGGGGAAGAUCCGUUUCUAUUCAAAACAAGGAAAAGCCUUCACAAGCAAGUGCUACUAAGUCAGUCAAAGCUCCCAAGAGGGACCACUCCCUAGGAGGGAAAAUAAAAGAAUCAGACAUCUGUGACCAAAGUGUAAAAUGUAAAAGCCAGUUAGAGGAAGAAAGCUCUGCAAACGAGGAGGCAGAAUCAGAAGAGGAGGAAUUAGAAGAUGGUGGAGUAACAGAUGAAGAAGAGGAGCCAGAAGAUGAUGGGGAAAUGGGUGAAGAUGACAGUGAUUCAGAAGAUGAUGAAGAAAGUGACAGUGGGCCUGAUCUAGCCAGAGGCAUAGGGAACAUUGAAACCAGCUCAGAGGAUGAUGAGGAUUUGAAUGAGCUGUUUCCAAAGGAGCCGGAGAUCGAGCACUCGUGGCGUGAGCUGGAUAAAGAUGCCCCUCGUGGAGAUGAGAUUACAAGUAGAUUGGCAGUUUGUAAUAUGGAUUGGGAUAGGUUGAAGGCUAAGGAUUUGCUGGCUCUAUUUAAUUCUUUCACACCCAAAGGAGGAACAGUAUUUUCAGUUAAGAUUUAUCCUUCAGAGUUUGGGAAAGAGAGAUUAAAAGAGGAAGAGCAAAAAGGACCUGUGGAACUGUUUGAGCUUCCCGAGAAUACCACAGAGGAUGAUGGGAUUUAUAGGGAAAAACUGCGGGAAUACCAGUUUAAGCGACUGAAAUACUUCUAUGCAGUUGUAGAAUGUGAUUCUCCUGAAACAGCCAAUAAAAUUUAUGAGGAAUGUGAUGGACUGGAGUUUGAAAGUAGCUGUUCUUUCAUAGACCUGAGAUUUAUUCCAGAUAAUGUUACAUUUGAUGAUAAGCCAAAAGAUGUAGCCUCAGAAGUGAACAUAGCUGUUUAUAAGCCAAAGUACUUCACAUCUGCUGCUAUGGGAACAUCAAAGGUAGAUAUCACAUGGGAUGAGACAGAUCAUGAGCGGGUAACAUCACUCAGCAGAACUUUUAACAAAGAGGAGCUUCUUGACAUGGAUUUCCAAGCUUAUUUGGCUUCAUCAAGUGAAGAAGAGGAGGAAGAGCAGCAAGAUGGUGAUGUAUCUAAUGAAAUGGAAGACGACAAACCGAAGAAAAGCCAAAAAGAUGAUGAAGAGCAAAUUGCCAAGUACAGAGAACUUUUGCAAAGUAUCCAGGAAAAAGAGAAAAAACAGGAAGAAAAGGAUAUAGGAAUGGAGAUUAAGUGGGUUCCAGGCCUCAAAGAAACUGCUGAAGAAAUGGUCAAAAACAGGUUGGAAGGAAAGGAUAACCUGACUCCAUGGCAAAAAUAUCUAGAGAAGAAGAAAGAAAAAAGAAUUCUUAAGAAAAAGAGAAAGGCUGCUGCUGAGAGAGAAGACAGUGAAGAUGAACUUCCACCUGAUGUUGAUCUCAAUGACCCCUAUUUUGCUGAAGAAUUUGAGAAAACAGGUUUAAAGAAGAAGCCAGAAUCAGUAGAAAGUACCUCAGAAGAUGAAGAUGAAGUUGAAAAACAGAAGGCUGAAAUGGCCCUACUGAUGAUGGAUGAUGAGGAUGACACCAGAAAACAUUUCAAUUACAAAAAGAUUGUAGAACAACAUAAUUUGAGCAAGAAGAAAAAGAAACUUCUAAUGAAAAAGAAAGAGUUACUAGAAGAUGACUUCCAGGUAAAUGUUGCUGAUACAAGAUUCCAAGCCAUGUUUACUUCUCCCCUGUUCAAUUUGGAUCCGUCAGACCCAAAUUUCAAGAAGACAAAAGCAGUAGAAAAGAUCCUGGAAGAGAAAGCUCGCCGAAGAGAAGAAAAGGAGCAAGAUCUUAAGGAGGCAAACAAGGGCCAGGAGAACAAGGUGGCAAAGAAAGGAGAGGUUGCCAAGAAAACCAUAGAUCCUGCCCUAUCAAUGCUAAUAAAGUCUGUCAAAAAUAAAACUGAAGAGUUUCAGGCAAGGAAAAAGCAGAAAUUCAAAUAACUCUUUUUUUACUCAAGACUUUACUUUAGUCCCAGCCCUUUUAACUGGAGACAUCUUUUAAAGUUACUGCAGCCUGCUCUAAUUCCUGUCCACCAAAAAUAUUCUGAAAUAUCAUUUAACUAUGCUGGUGAAUUUUGAAGCAUUUAGAGUAAUAAUCACUCUUUUCUUCUGCAAAAACAAAUACUGUUUUGCACAUAUGUAAGGAAAUUAUGGUUUUGGAGUGGUUUAUUUUGUAUCAUGUCAUCUCUUAAAAAUAAUAGAAGUGCUGAAGAUGGCUACAAAAAUCAUAAUUAUGGGUUUAUUUAUAAAUAAGAAAAACAGUUCCACUGAGGUUUAUUGCUGAGAUUAAGUCGUUUUAAAUUUUUUAAUUCCACAUAAGUCUGUAAAACAUAUGUGUCUUGAUGAAGAAGGUAAUAAUAUAACUACAAAUGGAAGAAAUUUUGUAUACAAGUUUUUUGUAGAUUUUUAAAAGAUUGCAUAAAUGUUUUAUUAGUUUCUCCUUUAAAUAAUUGAAGGUAAUAGAACUAAUUAAUGGAACUAUUGCCAUUUAGAAGUGUUUCAUUAACAUACUUUGGAAAUAAAUAGUUUAAAUUGGCCCAAAAGAAUUUUGGGUACUAGCUGUGGCUUUUUCUUUUACGCUUAAAUGAAAUUACAUCAAAAUAAACUUGUUGCUAUUGUUAUUACAUUUCUAUGAAUAUGAUACUUACACUAAGUCUUGCAAAAAAAAAAAUAAGUAGAGGAGGGGGAAAGAAAAAAAUCAAAGAUCUAGAUGAUAUAAUUUUAGAAACCAUGUUAUUUGCCCAUGUUAGUGUUGGUGAUGAAGGUUUGGGUUGUGUUGUUAGGAUGUUGUUUAAAGGUUUGCUGUAUCAGCUCUAAUGGAAAUACAACAUGGUGUUACAAGAAAGGCUGAAAACUUUGGAAACAAGGAGCUGGAAGGUAAUUUUCCAUUUCAAAUACAUAAUUUUCAAUUUCUAUGAUGUUCUACUAAUUUAAACAAAGACUUCCAUUAAACCAGAGGUUAAAACUGUAGAUAAUCAAAGCCAGUGUUUAUAUCAAGUAAAUUUAUCUCAGUAUGUGAAGAAGAUAAGAGUUGGAUUAGCACAUAGGAGGCUGCAGAAUGACCAAAACAGCCAAAGGUAUUAAGGAACAUAAUAUAUAAAGACAGGUGGAAAUGAAUUUUACAAGAGUGCUUUGCAAUGAUGUGCCUGUGGAAUACUUGCAGACCUUGAGUAUUUUAAAUGAAAUUACUCUCCAUAAACAUUGGAAUAUUUUCAGCGUUACUUUAAUACUGGCUCCACAGAGAGUCUCCCAUAACUUUGUUUAGUAAUUUGUAUAGAAAACAAAUUUGUUGGGAAAUAAAAGGCAACAACAAACUGCACUGUCCCUUGAAUCCCUUCACCCUGCCGAGUUCCAUCUGUGUUAUCAGUGCUUUUCUGUCCGGCUCAGCUCUUCUAGAACUGGAAAUGGAUGUGGAAUCAGUGGAUCUCUGCUCCUGCAGAUUGCCCAGAUGUGCUGAGUGACUCAGUGGGAAAAACUCCUCACCAGAACCUCUCUACUCCUGCAGUGCCUCUAUCCUUGACAUGAACUUUGCUGGAGGAGUCAUUUGAAAAAUCCGGUUAUAAAAUCUAAAAGUCACAAAUUGUGAGGACUUCUUAUUAAAAUUAGAUGCUGUAAAUUAUGUUACGUUUUCAUGGAUGUAUGCUGGCUACUUUAUCCUGCUAGGAAGCCUGGCCUCUACUUGGAUGUCAUAGCAAGACAAAAUGCAUGGAAAGAUGAAGGCAGACUUCCCAGUGAUUUCAGUUAUUGGUUGGAAUAAUUAUUUUGUUGUAACAUGUACUGGGUAUCCUGUAAAUUCUUAAUGUAUGACCAUUUUAUGUAAUCAGAUGGUUUUGUUGAUGGUUUUGUUCUCAAGUUACCGAGUGCUGAGGGGGCAUCUUAGUUGGGAAGAGCUGGAGCGUGCAUCUUAGAUGGGAUUUUUUGUUUAUAAAUUAAUAGCUCUUAAGCAUUUUUUUCUUUUUCCUUAAAAAAAAAUAAAAUAAA